AUGAUUCUCUUAUUGGGGUGGUUGCUAUGGACGAUCACCAGGAGCUUUUCUCUUCUGCUCGCUUGUUCGGUUGGCAGGAAGCGGAUAACUGAUGAUGAUUCAGAUCCAGAGGACGCAGGUGAUUCCGAUGAUGAGGAUGAUGAUGACAAUGAUGACUCCGAUGAUGAUGUUCUCCUUGCGCCAGUGCUGGAAGGGGAUACAGAUUCUGAAGAGUUAAGCAGCAGCGAUGAUGGUGAUGAAGAUGGUGGCGACGAUAUCCCCAGUUCGGAUGACAUUGAAGAUGACCCAGAGUUCAUUGAUGAUGGUGGCGACUUUGAAGGGGGAGGGGCCUUGAUGGAUAUUUUGGGUGACGACGAAGGGGACGACGACGAGAGUGAUAUGAUGGAAUCCUUUAGCAGUGGCGACGAGCAGGGUUGGAUCAUGUAG